AUGCUGGACAUUAGCAUUAGCAUUAACCUUUUGGUAACUGAUCGAAGUAUCACUGAUGGAGGCCACAGCUGGAUUUUAAUGAUGGUGAAACAGCAGCAAAGACGCACAGACCGGUGUUUUUUGCCUGUGGGCAGUAAUAAUGUGACGCUGGUUCGAUUUCCCACCCAGAGACAAUCGCAGCACCCUGCACGUGAAGCAAAUCAUCCAGCACCAGUACAAGAAAAUCAAGAUGGAGAGACUGAGACCAAACGGAUUUGCAUUUCUGGAUCAGAGGAGACUUUGACAAAUGGAGAGGCUGAUGCAGAGCUACAUGAUCCAAUAGGAAAUAACACCAGCUCUGUGGAAGACCAGGAAAGUCCUGGACAUGGAGCCCAGCAGGUGGUGUCAGAGAACAGCGAGGGCAACAGAGCUGCAGAGUUGGUGUCUGCAGGCUGUCUAAAGGUGACCAUCCAGAGGAGCAGUGAGAGCCGUGAGUUUGGAGAGAAGGACCCAUCGUCAGAACGGUUCACCUGCCACAUCUGCCACUGCUCCUGCCCCUCCGCUCAGUCAUUUCAGCUGCACAUGAGCGGAGUGGACCAUCAGCUCAGACUGCAGAGAAUCACCCAGAGCCUGGCCGUCACACAGCACACCGGGCGGCGCAGUGGAGCCUCGGAGCGCUGGUGUGAUGUGUGUCAAAGUCAUUUCACUGGCGACAUCAUUCUGCACAGACGCACCAAAGAACACAAGGAGUGUAAGAAGUGCGGCCGUCCCUUCUGCCCCGUGUGCCACAGACACUUCAGGACGCCGCGCAAGUUUGUGGAACACAUGAAGAGUCCGGAGCACAAGCAGCAGGUUCAGAUGGAGAAGUCUCAUGAAGGAGAGAUGAUCACCGUGGACGCUGUCGGCUGCUUCGAAACCGAAUCCAAAACAAAAUUCGCAUCGGACCCGGGGGACAAGGAAGUAGUGGCCUGCGAUGGAGCAGAAGAACAGAGUGACACAGGAGACAUAGCACAGAUAGAAUCAGGAGAGGAGAUCGCGGACACAGAGGAAGGACUGGACGCAGACGAUAUGAAGAAAGAAACGCCUCAAAUAUCGGAGGAGAUAGAAACAGCAGUGACACAGGAGUUCAACCCACACACCGUCUAUGGUUCUGCGUACGUGGUCCCUGUGAGAGGCUUCUUCUGUCGUCUUUGUCACAAGUUCUUUUUCAGGGAAACAUCAGCUCGAGAUCAGCACUGUCGCAGCCACCAGCACUUCAGCAGACUACUACAGAGACAACGUGGACCAGAUCAGACCCAAGACUCGGCUGAUCCUGCCUCCUGCUCCACUCACAGUACAAUGGAAUAA